AUGUCCAGCUCGCCACCCUCACAAAAGCGUUCGCUCGACGAUCCGUCCGAUCCUCCUUCCAAAAUCCGUCAUCUCCUGAUCGCUAACGAUGCUACGACCGAACGUUCCCAUGUCGUGGUAAACCUCCUUUACAAGCGCGAUUUGGACUUGGAAACUCUGACCCGGCCGCUCGUCGAGCAAGACUAUGCCGACAUAUUUUGCGCCAUCACAGUCUUGGAGGCUGGCAAUAAUGUACACAGGGAUUGGAUGUAUGACGGUCUAGAUAAGGAUAACCGACUCUGUUUAUUCCAAAGAGGGGUCGCUAUCGCCGGGGAACACUUCUUCGAUGCUUUGAAGGAAGCCUCGAAGGAUAGGACGUUCAAAUUGAUUCGAAAUGCUGCGUUUCUCCGUGAGCCGUUCCCGAUCAGCACCUGGAAACCUGCGAUAAAGGCCGGAUACCAUGGAAUGCGUAAAGCUCUACGCGAGGCAUGGAAUACACCGUAUGUCUCGGACUGCCAUAAUAUCCUGAUCGAAGUCAUGACCAGAAUAAAGGAGGGGGAAGAGGAUGAGUGCUGUGGUCCUAGUGACUUCAACAACACCGUCAUGAUCGUGCAAAGCUCGGGUACUGGGAAAUCCAGGAUGGUCGACGAGGCAGCACGUCUCGUAUUUACCAUUCCAUUCAACCUACAGUCCGAAAACAACUUGAAGAGGUAUCCUCCACCUGAUAACGACGUCCGCAAAUAUAUGUGUCAGAUAUGGAGAGAAGACAUACUUCGUACUCGAUACCAUGCGUUUAUCUUCUGCCUCUGCCGAACAAUCGCGGCCGAACUCCAUUCAAUCUUCAAGGGUCCAAAGAUUCCUCAAGCGCAGUUCGCCAGCAUAUGGAGAGACCAUCUCGCUCAAAAGGAUGUGCGGUCCGAUUUAUACAAAAUCGUCGUCGAUCAGGCCAACCAAGCUUCGCAAUCCGAGCUAAUAGGGGUAGGUGUUAUCGAUGCCAACCCCGCUGCGUAUUCGAUGUAUGAGAAGACAUACCCAGAACUAGAAAAUCUGCAGAAAACCAUCGCUUCGAAGGUCAAUGACCUAGGAGGGAAAGUCGACAUCUUGAUGUACUUCGACGAAGCUCAAGAGUUAAUGAAAGCUGAGGAUAGCCCACAAGACAGAGCUUAUCGCGCACUUCGUUCUGUUCUCAACGACUAUGGGGAUUGUCCGCUCUUCACCAUAUUCCUUUCGACCGUCCCACACAUCGCCGAGUACGUUGCUCCCGUAAUCACCACCAGGGUAUACGGUCAUAAACUCGGAGAACCUAAGGCACCCAUCACGGGAACACCAUUUGACUGUGCACCGGAUAUUCUCGUGGCAGAGUACGCCCACGAUCGGGAGGAGAUCGCACAGCCACAUUUCAUGGCUCGGUUCGGUCGACCUUUGUUUUGGACCACCCUCGCACAGAUUCCGGUAACAGAUCAUCAAACGAUCCAGACUUUUCUCAAGAAAUUACGCUCCAAACUUAUCAAUAACCCCAAAUGCGAUAUUCUCCCCUCGGAAUGGGAAUGCAAAGAGCUUGGAAAACUGGCCGUCGCAGACGUUCGACUCUGCCUCCAAUAUGAGCCGAAUCUGAAAAGUUUCAAGCAGAAAGUCGUGGAGGUGCAAGCGAAACUGGUGGCGAACCAUAUGAGGAUCGCGUAUUCCUUUCCUGCUCAUCGUAGGUAUUUUGUCUCGGGAUAUCCGAGCGAGCCUUUGUUGGCAGAGGCGGCAGCUCAACAACUCCACCAUUGGCGCAAAACUCAGCCCUCAUUCUUACUCGAUAUUGUCCACCAUCAUAUGAAGACUGGGCUCCUCGAUCGCGCAGACCGAGGAGAGGUCGUCGCCCGGAUACUCAUCCUCGAAGCCUACGACCGCGCCGUCACCGAAACCUUCACCCCAAAUCAUAAUGGACAUGUACCGCUCUUCGGCCUCGGAUGUCGUCUCAUAGACUGGAUAUCGCAAUUAUUCGCGCACGACCUGGCUCUCGAAAUCCUGCACAGCAAACCCGCUAAUGGUGCUACUGAGGACCAGACGUUCGAGGAGGUCUUCAAGGACGCGUGGAUUCGUGUGACGCAUUAUGCACAGGCGGGCGACGAGCACGUCUUCAAUGCUGGCACGCACGCGAUGUUCGCGGCUUUCGUUCGAGGAAUGGCUUUUAUUUGUCGGGACGGACUUGGAAACGGAGGAAGUUUUGUGAAUAUCCUCAUCCCUGUUCUUCUUCGGGACGUGAAGAUCGGGUCGUCUGUCAUGUCCGCUGUUUUCAUCCAGUUUGGGCGUCGAGCAGCGAGAGUGGGCACGUAUGCGAUUAUCGACGCUGAGAAGGACUUUGAUUUCUUUCAACCUGAGCCUGGCAGGCUUUCUGAGGACGAUCGUCCGUAUGUGACGCUCAUUAUGGAUCUUGGUGUACGGGAUCCUCUCCUGGAUCACGCUACACCUCAAACGAAGCAUUCCUCUCGUAGUCAGAGCCAGAGUCGAAAGCAAAAACAUCCACGCUACGAAAUCCACAUUUCCGGCUGCUCCAACACUCUCUACAACCUCAUCCCACCCGCCAGUGCCCAACUCGCAAAAUACAAAGAAAUCCUCCACAUGCCCGAAUUUCUACCCGAACAUACGCGCAAAGCGACAAUAUCACAGGCGAUGGAGAUGAAGCCGGUGUUUGUGCGUGGAAAGGAGAGUUAUGCGUGGAUUGGGUCGGGGGUGCUUAAUCCGAGUCAGGGGAAUGCCAGUGACGAAGACGAGGAUGUGGAUGUGGAUGUGGAGGAGGGGUACGCCAUCGUCGGCGGUCAUCGACAUAUCUACUCCGAGUCAGAGGAGGACUCUUCAGACUGGGACCAGAUCUCGAGGUCGGAUGUCGAUAUGCCUUUGUCGUAAGUUGAACGGAAUGCUGGCACCGACUCGGACAGCAUGGUUUUCUUGUUUCUGUCUCUCGCUUCGCAAUUGCUUACAAUCACACGUCUUUGCUGUCCACGUACUCACAGUCUGUACUAUGUAGUCCCGAUGUACACAGCACGAUUCCUGUAUGCAUUUCAUUG